ACAGAACAGUGAAGAUGGAGGAAGGGUUCAUCUACUAUAAUAGGAACCAGAAGGAAAGAAAGAAAAGCAAUUCUGCAUUUGAAAUGACAAAGCUGUUCAAUUACAUUUCGGAGGAAGAUAUGGAUCUACUAGAUACAAUUUAUGAAUUUGAGAAAGAAGACAAAAAAUCUUUCGUCUGGCACAACCCAGUCAGCAAUGAUACAGUUACAAUCGAAGACGUCCUGAAUCUGUUGAACGAGGGUGAUAUUGGAAACACGUGCAUUGAUGGGCUCACUUACAUUUUGGAAAGACAAGAAGAAAAGACAGCAAAAACACAGGGGAACUGCUUCUACAUUACAUCCACCUGUUGGACACUAAUCAAAGAAAAAGCUGAUGCAAGAACAAACUUAAUCAACGAAAAGCUGAAAGAACUGGACAAAGUUAUCGACAUAAAUGGUGUUGCAUUCUACAAAUAUCUCAUAUUCCCGAUGAAUUCAAUGGGAGGCAGAAAAGUAAAAGCUCCUGACCAUUGGACUCUUCUGGUCUACGAUACUUCCAAGCAACAAUGGAUGCACUACAAUUCUUUGACAAAGCCCAAGAAAAAGAAGGAUCCUUACUUGACAGAUGCCUCCAUUGUGAAAGAGUACGUGGAAGAGCAAAUGAGGAAGUUGACUCUUAGUAAACCACCAAGCUUUGAACUCAUUUUUACACCUAAACCAACACUGUUUCCAACCAACACACUCAGUGCUCCAAUAAGCUCCAUUGAUGAUGCACCUCAGCAACAACCUGGAUCGGUUGAUUGUGGAAUAAUUGUGUGCUAUAUCAUUAAACAACUUGAAGAACAGAAGCCCGUCCCAACGUAUCUCACUGUGGAAAAUCUGAAAAAAUUCAGAGCUGAAUUGGUCCAUAUAUUCUUGAAUGACAAGCCCAGAACAUGGUCAAUAGAAGAAUGGAAAAGCAACCAGCUAAUGCAAGAAAUGGCAGAUUAGGAAUAUACUUUUGCUCAAGAAUUAAAGUUUUUUUGUCCAUACCAAGGGUUGUACAUAUUUUUUUGGUGUCCGGUGGUAAACUGUUAUCCUCAAACCGGACGACAAGGGUUAUGAAGUAGAAUUAGUCUGUACAUGUAAUGACAAGCCCAGAACAUGGUCAACAGAAGAAUGGAAAAGCAAGCAGCUAAUGCAUGG